GAAAACUAAAAACAACAACUCUUGUUAGUCCAUGCUUCUGUGUAAGAAAACAAAAACGAGCAAAAAUGGGGAAUUGCAUAAUUCGACAAAGCAAGGUCAUGCAAACAGGUUGGGAUGUCACUGAACAAAAAGAACGCAUGAAAGUUCAUCGGGUCUUACCAGAAGUACUCCCAGUCGUGCAGCAUCUCCGGCAAGAAACUCAUAUGAUCAGUGGGCAGAUGUAUCAUCCAGUGCCAUUGUCAGUACCUUUGCUGGAAUUCAACAAGAACCCAGUAAUGGAGGCAGAAUCACAAAGCAAUCAUGAAGUUGUGAGGAUUAAGCUGGUCAUAACUAAGCAAGAAUUGGAGGUGAUGUUGAGGAAAGGUGGAGUUUCAGUAAGUGAAUUGGUUUCUCAUACAAAUAAAGAAAGCUUGGAUGAGACCGAUGGAAGAUGGAAGCCUGUCUUAGAUAGCAUACCUGAAUUUAACUAGCAUCUUAAGAUUUAAUAACUCUAUAGCUUCGACAUACAAAGAAUGUGUAGUCAGUAAGCCUGAAAAGAUACAGCCAAACAUGAUUACCAUAAAUUGUAAUAACAUGAAAGAUAAUAAUAUAUUUAGUUCAAGAAA